AAGGCAGCGGUGGAAGCAGCAUGAAGCGAUCUCCGACCGUCGAGGAACAGGAGCGAGAAGCUAAGAAACUGAGGCUUCUCGAAGAGCUUGAAGACACAUGGCUUCCCUAUCUGACUCCCAAAGAUGAUGAAUUUUAUCAGCAGUGGCAGUUGAAAUACCCGAAACUCGUUUUCCGAGAAGCUGACAGUGUACCCGAGGAGCUCCAUAAGGAGGUGCAAGAAGCCUUUCUGACCCUGCAUAAGCAUGGCUGCCUAUUCCGGGACCUGGUUAGGAUCCAAGGCAAAGAUUUGCUCACUCCAGUGUCACGCAUCCUCAUUGGGAAUCCAGGCUGCACCUACAAGUACUUGAACACCAGGCUUUUCACAAUCCCCUGGCCAGUGAAUGGUUCCGUUGCAAACUAUACCAAGGAUGAAAUCGGCGCUGCCUGUCAAACCUUCCUCAAACUCAAUGACUAUCUGCAGUUGGAGACCAUCCAGGCUUUGGAAGAACUCACUUCCAAAGAGAAAGCUGGUGUGGAUGAUGCCCUGCCCGUGUAUAUAGCACCAGAUUACCCCAGGCUUGGUUUGGGGCUGUCCUCUGACAGACAAGAAGAAGUGGACUAUAAGAGCAGAGCAGCAUACAAUGUAACUUUGCUGAAUUUCAUGGAUCCUCAGAAAAUGUCCUACCUGAAAGAAGAGCCAUAUUUUGGCAUGGGCAACAUGGCGGUCAGCUGGCAUCAUGAUGAGAAUCUGGUGGAAAAAUCAGCAGUGGCCGUUUACAAUUAUACCUGUGAAGGCCCGGGGGAAGAAAGUGAGAAUGACUCUCAACUUGAAGGCAGAGACCCUGAUACUUGGCAUGUUGGUUUCAAGAUCUCCUGGGACAUAGAGACACCGGGCUUGGCAAUCCCUCUUCACCAAGGAGACUGCUAUUUUAUGCUUGAUGAGCUCAAUGCCACCCACCAACACUGUGUAUUGGCUGGUUCGCAACCUCGGUUUAGUUCCACCCACCGAGUUGCAGAGUGCUCCACAGGAACCUUGGAUUAUAUUUUACAGCGGUGCCAGUUGGCGCUACAGAAUCUGCAUGGGGAGGUGGGUGAUGGGGACAUCUCCCUGAAAUCCUUGGACCCUGCAAUUUUGAAACAAGGAGAAGAAAUCCACAAUGAGGUUGAGUUUGAAUGGCUGAGACAAUUUUGGUUUCAAAACAAUCGAUAUAAACAGUGCACCGAUUGGUGGUAUCAGCCCAUGACUGAACUGGAGGGACAUUGGAAGAAGAUGGAAGAGGUGACAAAUGCUGUGCUUCGAGAAGUUAGAAGAGAGGGGCUCCCAGUGGAACAAAGGCGUGGAAUCCUCACCGCCAUCCUGGCCUCUCUCACUACGCGGCAGAACCUGAGGAGGGAAUGGCAUGCCAGGUGUCAGUCCCGAAUUGCCCGGACGUUGCCCGUGGAUCAGAAGCCAGAGUGCAGGCCCUACUGGGAGAAGGAUGACCCCGCCAUGCGUCUGCCCUUUGACCUCGCAGACAUCAUCGCGGAUCUCCGAGCUCAGCUUCUGCAAGCAAAGCCCUAGAAAGCGCACACGUGCAGGAGGAAGAGCGACAGCUUCUUCCUCCAGCUUCCUCCUGGGCUCGGGCAAGGCCCGUGUGGGCAGACGUCUCUUAGCUAUUAGAUUGUAGAACCUGGGACCCAGGUGGCAGCAGCCGCAAGUGGAGUUCAUGGAUAUUUUUGCAAGUUUUUCAAUGAGACAGUGUUAUAAUCUACUUUGGAUUAAAGAACCCCACCCCCACCCACCACCUGCAGCAAAUAGGAGCUAUUUCCUACUGAGAAUUUUAAUGUGAGGAAUUCCUCCCUGCCACCAACCCAGCCUAUGACAAAGCUUGACUUCCUCUGAUCCUCCCUCCCCGAGCUUUUCAGAGACUCAAGAAUGUAUGUACGGUCAUCCUUUAAGUGCCAUGCCAUCCAAUGUGGUGGCCACUAACUGGAUGUGGCUGCUUAAAUGUAUUUGGAGUGAAAAGUUAAGCCCCCCAUUUGUACCAGCUGCAUUCCAAGUGCUUGACGGUCACGCAUGCCUAGUGGCUCCUGUCUUGGGCAGCGGGGACACAGGACACGUUGGUACUUUAGAUUCUCUUCUCCAACUCACUGGCAUCGUUACCCCCAAAAAGCCCAAAUCCCAAACCCAGCCAACUGCCAUCAAGUCAAAUGUGACCUUUAGUGACUUUAUAGGAUGGAGUCGAAUUUCCCUUUUGGGUUUCUGAAGCGAUAAAUCUUUAAAGGAACACAGAGCCUCGUCUUUCUCCCAUGAAGCCACUGGUGGCAUUGAACUGCCGACCUUGCAGUUAGCAGUCCAUCUCGUAACCCCUACACCACGAGGGAAAGAAAUGCAGAGAGAAAUGAAUCGUGAAAAGGUAGCUUCCCCUUCCCUAAGCCAACCUAAGUGAAAGGCAGCGAUGAGGCGGUGUUAACAAGUGAAGUCAAGGUGACGGCCAUCAGGUCCUUCGGGAAUAUCCCUCAUCUCAUGACAGAGCAGCAGCCCACUUCCACUGCUUCAUGGAUGUAACCGCAUAGUACAGGGUUUGCUAUAAUCCCCUUGGUUCUGUGGAAUGGUGGGUGAAACUGAGACUUGGGGCACCCCACUGCCCAUGAUGACAAUGGAACACCGAGGGACGUCGUAGAGUAGAAGUUCAAACCUAGGCUCUGGUGUCAGAGUACCUGGAUUAAAACCCCCUAGCUCUCUGACCUUUGGCAUGUUUCCACACCCCAGUUUCCUCAGAGGUAUUUCGAAGACACUAAAGGCACCAACUCACAAGGGCGCAGAAGGGAGAUCACCCAACUACAGUCCUGGAACACUUUCUGGCUGGAUGUUAAUUAUCCAGUAAAUGUUCCUGUCAUUACAAGCCCCACGAAUAGUGUGUCAUCACACGACAAGUGAGCUGCUUGGAUGUAGACCUUCUCCUCUUGCUGCUGGAUCCCUGUGCCGCUUUGUAUCUUGUGACAUCGUUAAAGCAGCUCUUGCCCGCUGGUGUCCCCACCCCCACAAAACUUGGAGAAUAGUUCGUUUCUCUCCCAAACCUGUUGGCGUCCUCUGUAGUUGGCCACAGUAGUUUGGAAGCUGAAGCGCUUUUGCCCAGUGAGAGGCACCAUGAGAAUCAAACCCUUGCUUGCUGUGGGGAUCGCAGCUGAGAACCACCUUCCAGAAGGCCAAGUGUGCAUCAGCUGGAGACUCAAGUCUUUCAGUCCUGGGAUUCAAGCCCUGAUGUCUUUGAGCCUCAGCUUCCUCAUCAGUAACGGGGAGCUGCAACACUCCCUCCCUGAAUGACGCAGAGUACCAGGCUGUGGGCGGGUGAGGGGUCAGUGUUCGAGUUCGCCCUCCCAUGUUGUCUUGUUAUGUAGACGCAUUUCAUUAGGAGCCAAUAUUUUGAAAUCGGGAGAGUUCACACAAAUACAAGCACCUGCGUUCUCUUUAAAAUCUAGAACACCUGGCAGCCUUGCGCCUCCACCCUGGCACAAUUCAAGCAGGGUCUUCCUCACUCAGGUGGGGUGGGGCAGCCUGCUAGGGUUUGCCAUCCUUCCUCUUGCUGCCCUUUGUCUUGCUGGUCAGCCUGCCCCUUUGUGUCAGCCCUCGCAAACCUCUUUGCUAGCACCCUUGUUGUAAAACACUCUCACGUUUUUCUGGGCCCCCCCCCCCAAUCUCUGUGUGUACUUCCUAAAACUCUGUUCGUGGACUGCUUGUGUUAAUACAUCAUGUUCACAUGAGACGUGGAGAAACUACCAUUAUUAAAAGGAUACACUAUGAAACUGA